AUGAAAUGGUGCGUUACUUGUAAAUUCUACAGGCCUCCGCGUUCUUCACAUUGUUCAGUUUGUAACAGAUGCAUCGAUUGCUUCGAUCACCACUGCCCUUGGGUCCACAAUUGUAUUGGUCGACGAAAUUAUCGCAACUUUUUCUUGUUCCUUUUCUUCCUCAGCUGGCAUAUGAUUUGUGUGUUUAGCCUCUCAUUAAGCUACACACUUUUAAGUCGUCGGGAUAUUCUCACAAGACCAAAUCUUUGCUCAAUUGUAUUGAUGUCAAUUUGUACUUUACUUGCUGUCCCUGUUAUUGGGUUGACUUGCUUUCACAUCGUUCUGGUUUUGAGAGCGAGGACAACAAAUGAACAGGUAACGAAUAAAUUCCGUGCUGGACUGAAUCCGUUCACAGUCGGAUGUUGUGGAAAUUUGUGUCAUUCUUUAUGCUCCAGUCAAUUUCCAACUUAUGAAAGACCUAACAAGAAAAAUCAAAGGGUACCUAGAGAAGCAGUUAUUGUGUAUGUGCCGGAAUGCGACAAUCAAAAGGAUGGUCAAAUCAGGUUGAAGAGAGGUGUUGGUGAAGACAGCGCGGUCUCUAUUGGUACAGCAGUCUCAGGGGUUGGAUUUAAAUCGGCAAAUUCUUUAAAUCGUGUAAGAAUGAUUGCUGACUCAAGAGAAGACGAUUCUAGGUGCAAUUUAUUCAAUGCGGAUGAAGAGGAAGAAGAAAAUCAAAAGAAGUUGGAAGUGAAAGUCAACAAUAAUUCGGCUAAUGUUGAUUGUGAAGUUUGUUUUGAAAUUUUUUGGGGUUUUAUAUAUCAAGGAUGUGAGCAGGCCAUUGUCCGCGAGUUCAAUGUACCUCCGAGCUAUAACUUUUCAGAAUUGUCGAAUCUGGGACGCCCUAGUAUGUUUCGAGGCGGCUCGUCCAGCUGA